CGCUCUCCUCUCCGCUGUUGAUUUCGCCGUGAUGUCGACCGCAAUGAACUUCGGGACCAAAAGCUUCCAGCCGCGGCCCCCGGACAAAGGCAGUUUCCCGCUGGACCACUUCGGUGAAUGUAAAAGCUUUAAAGAAAAAUUCAUGAAGUGUCUCCGCGACAAGAAUUAUGAAAAUGCUUUGUGCAGAAACGAGUCUAAAGAGUAUUUAAUGUGCAGGAUGCAAAGGCAGCUAAUGGCACCGGAACCACUGGAGAAGCUCGGCUUUAGAGACGUAAUGGAGGGGAAGCCCGAGGCAAAGGAUGAGUGAUGAGAAGAAAACCGCAGGGCUGCGUCCCCUGCCUGGAGCAGAGCUGAGCCCUUCUGCCCUCAGAGCAGGGAGACCUGAGACUCAGCCCGUGCCGCCCAGUGGAGGGCUCUCCGUGGGGAGGGGCUCUCUGUGGGGACUUGAGAACAAAGCUCAUCCCUGCAGUACACACCAAAUGCGUCCUCUGCUGACCUCGGUUCCCCUCCAGAGAGGGAGUGUGAUAUGAUACCCCGCCCAGCGUGGCCGUCACACCACUGAGCCCUGGACAGCUGUCCACAGUGACUCAGCCUGUCACAGACCUGAGUCCUCACACCAGCACCUGAAUGGCCACCUUUUGCACUCGCGGAUAUACGCCAGCUUGCUCCCCUUGCUCUGUCUGCUUUGAACAAAAUCAGAAUACAAAGUAGGAAGUGAGAAACA